AUGUCGUCGGUGAUAUUCCGCGGAUUACCCAUUGCGGGACACCCGAAAAUCUGCAAAAUGGUGGAUUCAGAUCCACCGGUGACGACGGGGGGCGUACCGGGUCGCGCAAAUAUGGGGAAUCCGGAGACCUUCGGACAGAGACGGGAGCACCAAAGCAACCUUGAAUUGUGGACUCGUGCUUUGACUUUGUUCCUGAUUCUCUCUCCAGCGUACUGGCUCGACUACGGGACUAGCUUCACCCAAUCCUCCCUCCAGUGGCGUUUCCCUCUCGCCUUCCAGGCCGUUUUCGCCAUCUUCUUGGUACUGCAAGUGAUUGGACUGCCUGAGACUCCUCGCUGGCUGAUGAAGAAUGACCGAUAUGAUGAAGCGCGGGAAGUGGUAGCGGCCAUCAACGAUGCCUCACCGAACGACGAAGAAGUUAUUCAGAGCCUCGCGGAUAUUGACAAGGCCGUCCAAGAGGAUGUCCAAGGCCAGGGUCUGAGCUGGCGAGAGUUUUUUUUACCCAUGGAAAGCUGCAGAACUGGCGACGGCUGUUGCUGA